GCGUUGUUUAUCGACUUGUACAUAUGCAAGCUAAAAUAAAUAUCAUUACUGUAAUUUAGAAACGUAUUUAAACAUUGAAUAUUAAUGAUCAGAAUUAAGAUGAAUCAUAUCUUAACGGAAUUACUCGCGUGUAUCCUGCUCGCAAUAUAACGGAACAAGACAUCUUUUGAAAGCGGAAAACAAACAUGGAGGACAAAGAGUUUUUAGAUCGGACUUUUGCUCUGAAACGCUCCGCUCAAAAACUUUUGUAGAAAGCGCUUAUUAAACCGCAAGCCGCACAGAGAUGAACAUAAAAUGGCGAUUAUUAGAACGCGGCUUAGUGAUAAUGGAGUGGUGUGGAAGAAUCGAUUCUGAGUGGAAGAAGUAAUUGAAGGAUAGAAGUGACGCUUUUAAAUAAUUUUAAUAGGAAAACUAGUGUCUCUCCACCAGUAAUUAUUUUGUCCUUAAAGUCUUGCUAAACCUUCCAUUUUAAAGUCUUUCGAAGGAAAAAUAUUACGAUGUGUGAAGCCGAAGAAUUCAUUACUGCAUUAGUGCCCUAAAUAGUGAUGUCAUUACACGGUGAAAAAAGUGCGAAUGAUACUUCAGGGGUGGGAGAAGGUAUCGCUGGUGGUGAUUGUACCUAGCCAGGAAAUCCACCAGCCUGUGAAUGAUGGUCUUCGGGUCACACUGAUUUAGAUAUUACCAACCAUGGCUUCCACGCAAGGAGAAAUACGAGUAGGGCCAUCUCACCAGGCUCGCUUGCCAGAGUAUCGUCCUGACAUGGCAGACCUGAUCCCUGACCCUGAUCUGGAAAAGGAGCGUGAGGAGUUGAGGUGGGUACCUGCCAUGACACUGGAUGGAGACCUUCUCAUGUAUCUACGUGCUGCGCGCUCCAUGGCAGCAUUUGCUGGGAUGUGUGAUGGAGGCUCACCAGAUGAUGGUUGUGUUGCUGCCAGCAGAGACGAUACCACAAUAAAUGCCCUAGAUGUUCUGCACGAUUCUGGGUAUGACCCUGGCAAAGCCCUCCAGGCCUUGGUGAAAUGUCCAGUCCCUAAAGGAAUCGAUAAAAAGUGGACUGAGGAGGAGACGAAACGGUUUGUGAAAGGUCUUCGUCAGUUUGGAAAGAAUUUCUUCAGAAUCCGGAAGGACCUUUUGGCACACAAAGAUACGCCCGAGUUGGUCGAAUUUUAUUAUUUAUGGAAAAAGACUCCUGGUGCCAACAACAACCGUCCUCAUCGCCGGAACAGGAGGCAGCAGUCUCUGCGUCGUAUUCGCAACACACGCAACACAAGGGGUGGUCAGCCAAAGGAAGCGGAUGCCAACUCGCCAGCAGCUGUGGGAUCAUCUAGACCUUCCCCCAACCCCAAGGAACAUGGUGAUGGCAGUUCUGGCAGUGAAGACGAGAACUCGGAGGAUGAUUCAGAUUCACGGGACCACGCGUAUAGGUGUUACCACUGCUUCACUACAAAUUCACGUGACUGGCAGCCGUCUGGAAAGGAUCGGCGGACGCUGCUGUGCUCUGACUGCCAGGCUUAUUGCAAGAAGUACGGGGAACUCCCUCCUGUUAAUGCAGCUGGUAACAAUACACGUGGUGAUACGCCAUAUCUCUUCAGACCUGUUCAGACAGACUCCCCUGAUGAAUCUCCAGGCAGGAUGAGGACUCGUACCAGAACCAAAGAGCAGAAUGCACGUAACCGCCCCAAACGUGGCAGUGGUACAGACACGCCAGAGAGUGAAAUGGACAAGAAAACAUGCAAGUCUCCAGCCAGUAAUGCGUCCUCGCCUGGUGACAAGAAUAAGAAGAAGUUGUCAAAGCCGGAGACACCCAACAAAGGCCGAAAGAGGAGCCAAGUGGAACUUGAAAAUGAGGAAGAUAAGGAGGUAUCACUGUUCAAGAGAAAGAGAAACGACAGGGCAGAUAGUCCAGCAGAGAGUCUCACUACAGACAGUGGCUCCAUGGUGGAUGAUGUUGACAAUAAUGAAGCAGAAACAGAAACUAGUGGGGAAACCAUCACACCAAACACCAUUUCAAUUCCAACACCAAACUCUGCAACUGGAAGUUUGGAUGCUUCCCCAUUGGUGGCUUCUGUUCCUUCUACUCCUGUGACAGCUCUUCCAGUUCCAGCAUUUGAUAAUCCACCACCCUCCAGUAAUGUGUCCAUACCAUCGGACAAAGUGGACACAGCUGUGGGCUUGCUACCGAACCUGUGUGGAGAAAGCCAGUCGCAAGGACCCACGCCCAUCGUUAUAAUCAACAGUAUGGGUGGUGGCAACUUCAAGGCUAUUAACUCUGAAGCAUCGCUGUCUGUGAGGGGCACAACACAAAGUAUUGGCACUUCGUCGUCGGGUGGGGCUUCAAAUAUCUCAACCUCUAUUCCAUUGGUGGGUCUCAAAGUACCUGUUCCUAACUUAAGCAGCAUGGAAGAGAACAGUGUGACCAAGAAAGUUGGUGAUGAGAAGCUGUUGUCUGACUCAAAAGGCGGCAUUCUAGAGAAGUUCCCUCCUGGUCAGAUGUCGUAUGUGUCACAGCCAGUGUCGCUACAGAGUGAAAAUUUGGAGAAGACAAAUGUUGAAUUGAAAUUUGAAGAUGAAGGAACACGGAUCACCUUGAAACUUCAGCAAGAGGCGUUAGACAGAAGGGAGAAGGAUCCGAUGGGAAUGUCGUUGGGCAUGAAACCGAGUGAUGAGAUGAGUUCCGUACCGCCGAUGAUGAAAGUGACGGUGAAGGAGGAAAUGGAGAGCAGCAAUGAUGAACUUUCCAAUGUGCAGAUGCCAUUGCCUUCUGGGGGUCUCCUCUUGAAGGAAGAAGCACAAGCACAGAACUCACAGCAGUUGAUGGGUCUUUCUAAUCAGAUGGGGCCUAUCAUUGGGACCAGUAACCAGAAUAUUAAGCUGGAGCCAGGUGUGCUGAGGGAGCAGCAGGCUAGCCCCAUGGAGCUCUGUGCAGGGUCUCAGCAGCUGUCUCCACCUGUGUCUUUGUCUUCAGAGCUGUCACCUAUGCAGAUACAGGCUUCAAUGAUGCAGAUGCCUCCCAGCAUCUCUCUGCCCCAUCACUCAGGCCGCUCUUGUUCCCCCAUUCUGCAGGUCCCAAGCCACCACCCCCAUCUGGGCUCAGGGAAUGGGCACUCCUCCAUUAUCAGACCGACCACCGAUAUUCGAGUGAACCAGUCUUCAGACAUGAGGCACAUGCCUGACCUCAGACAGCAGAUAUCAGAUAUGCGACAGUCGACUGAUAUUCGCCAGAUUCAAGAUAUUCGAGGAGGAGGAGGAGGAGGAGGACAGGGAUCAGAUAGCAGACAAUCUUUGUGUGACAUGCGGCCAGGGCCUCCAUCAGAUGUUCGGCAGCAGUCAGUGGACAUCCAGCAGCUUCCAAAUGGUGGUCUUGAGAAGUCUCUGUCGCAGAUGUCAGGUGGAAGCUACAGCGAGGAAGAUCGGGAAAGGGACUCAAAGUCAUCACAGUCCCUACAGAUGCCACCUGUGUCUAUUCCUAAUUCUUCUCAACCAUUGGCUCUUCAGCAUCAGGGACCCCCUGCAGUUCAACCACCACAUCAGUACAGCUACAUGCCUGGAUCUCCAUACCAUCACCACCAGAGGGUGGUGGGAGGUGAGAAGAGUAUGGGUGUACUUCAUGUUCCAAAUCUUCCCCCCAGCUCCACCCCUACUGGUGCCAGUGUGGGGCAGCAGAGUGAGCCCCAGAAUCUGAAGAUCAAACAAGAGAUAAUUGCCCCUGCAGACCAAGGAAUGCCACCUUCUGACCCAUUGCAGUCACUGAAGGAGGUGAAGAUCCCAGGAUAUUCUGCACCAAAUACCUCUGCCACACAGCCACUGCCAAGCAGCAACUUGAAUUCUGGAUCUGUGCCACCAGCAAACCACCCCUCAGGAGCAGAAAUCCCGAGACCAUCUUCAGGCAAUGCCAACACAAAUUUCCUGGGGCCUUCAAUCGAUAACAUAAAAAAGGAGCCCGAGAAUUAUUUAUCAGCUGGUAGUUCCGUCAGUGCAUCAGGGUCAAAUCUCCCUGCAGGUACGCCAAAGUCCCCUCCUCCCAAACAGACAGCAUCAUCUCAGCCUCCCACAGAAAUACAUAACGCUCCAAACAACUCUGCAGCCAUUGGCACAGCUACUCCGCCCUUGACCAGAAUCUCAUCCAGUACCCCACCAGUGCCUCCCCCAACCUCACAACCUCCAGUAUCACACAGUGCUGCCAACCUCAUCUCUCCAUCACCCACGACUGCUCGACUGACUCCCACAUCUUUAUCAAGUGGGCCAACUUCAAUUCCUCAGCCCGUCAUGCACCCUUCUCAGCAGGUCUCUCCACUAAGCCGUGUAUCUCCUGGUCAUCCUCAUCCGACUCCACAUCCGCAUCCAACACCUCAUCCCCACUCCUCACCCUUCAUAGGGCCUCCUGGAGCUCACCCUGCAUUACAUCCUCAUCAUCCUCAUCACCCCUUGAUUCAUCACUCCCUGUUCGCAGCCGUUCAUGCAGCUGCUGUUCAUCAUAACCCGUACCAUCCCCACCACCCAUACGCAGCAUAUGGGUACCCAUUCCCGUACUCAUACGGUCCGCCUAUGCCCCAGCCCCAUCCCGUGCCUCCUCCCCAUCAUUCUACGCCCCCUGCCCCUGCACUGCCAACUCCACCCACAUCAUCCAGUCACAGAACAACUCAUGAGCAGGCAAAGUCAGAGACUAGAUCUUCAACAGCAUCCAUGGAAAGUACAACCACAUCGUUACAUACUUCUCACCACUCAUCGCAUUCAUCAUCGGUCACCACUCGUAGAGAAAUCUCUGCUACUUCUUCUGAGACCGACGGCAGUGGAAAUGCAUCGGUUGCCAGUUCAGAGCGACAUCAUCACACAACACAGGAACUGACCACAACUCAUCACCAUCACUCCUCUGUCCACCACCAAAUGACAACAGAGAAGCAGUCGAGUCAUCACCAGCCACUGAACCACUCAGUGACGAUUUCUCACUCUACCACAUCCUCAAGUUCAGCCUCAGUUCAGCACAAGAUCAACACUGGGGGCAAAACCAACUCUGGGGGCACUAGAGCCUCCAGCCCCUCUUGUCAUGUUUCUGCAACUCUCUCUUCCACAACCUCUGCCUCGACCUCAAUCUCGCUUCCAUCUACAAAUCACGGAGGCAAUCACCACCAUUCCCAUCACCACUCUCACAGUCACCAUCACCAGCACCAUCAUCAGACGACAACUGGUGAACGGUUGUCCCCAACCAAUCCUUUGAUAAUGCCUCCGGCAUUGAACAUGCCACUUGCAUUAGCUCCUGGAGCACCACCACCUAGCAGAAAUCAUCAUGGCGGAUCAUCAAGUCAUCAGCACCACCAGAGUCACAGUCAUCAUUCAAAGCAGGGCAGUAGCGUGGGGUCAAGCAGUAACCCACCAAGUUCUCAUCAUCAUCCCAGUUUAAUGGUGCAACCAGGAGGACUUCCCCCACCAAUUGGUCACCACCCCAUGGGACUGGGGUUGCCCCCAUCUGCAGUGCCUGGAUCUUCUUUGGAGGCCUUGAGAGCUCAUGCACAAGCAGCUGCUAACAUGCAACAGCAGCAGCAGCCACCCCACACAUCAGGUGGUCUGGCCCCAGGCAUGAUCCACCCUGCAUCUCACUCACCUCUGCAGCUACAGCCUCCUUGUCCCUCACAGCCUCACAUACCAGGUCCUCUUCACCAUUCUUCACGACACUUGGCUCCAGGUAUGCCGGAUGAAGUGAAAUCUGAACCACCGAGUCUGCCGAGCAGCAUGACAGGCAGCGCAGACUUGAGUGAUGCACAGGUGGGGCUCCAGCAGCCAGAGGAGGAGGAAGUGCCAAGUCCGAACCACAUACCGAGAGGGCCAAGCCCCGAACCCAAGAUUGAGGACACAGAGUGUCAUAGAAGUCAGAGUGCCAUCUUCUUGCGUCACUGGAAUCGUGGGGAUUUCAAUUCAUGCACUCGUACAGAUCUGACAUUCAAACCUGUGCCAGACUCGAAACUGGCAAGGAAGCGAGAAGAGAGGCUGCGGAAACAAGCAGAGAAGGAACGUGAAGAUAGAGAGAAGGCUGCAGCUCAGGCACAGGCGCGCAAGAUUGCAACACCAGAGAAACCGGAGGGUCCAAAGCCUCCAUCACGUGGUCCUAUUGAGACAAUUACAUCUCCAUACGAUCGCUUCACCCCACGACAAGGUUACCCUGAUACACCAGCACUGCGCCAGCUGAGUGAAUAUGCUAGGCCCCAUGCGGGGUUCUCACCGGGCACAUUGCCCCGUGCAAGUCUCGGCCUGCCUCCACAGUGCAUUGACUCCAUGUUGCACUACCAGUUCAACAGCAUGUAUGGUGCAACCGCCAGAGAGAGGUUGGAAUUGGAGCACUUGGAGCGUGAGAAACGGGAGAGAGAGAUUCGUGAACUACGGGAACGAGAACUGAAUGACCGCCUGAAGGAUGAGCUGAUGAAGAACGCUGCUGCUGGUGCUGGCCCUCGAAUGCCUAGCGCCAUUGACCCACACUGGCUUGAGCUCCACAGGAGGUAUGCAUCUUUCCAAGCUACAGAUGUACUGAAUUGCAACAUGGCGGCCACAACACAAUGCCUCUGUUGCAGGUACACUGGCCUUGGACCAGGUGGUCCCCCACAGGGGGCAGCACUGCAUCAGUUUGGCCUGUACCCUGCUCCUACAGGACCAAGCCAGGCAGCUCUCAGUCAGCUUGAGCGGGAACGACUGGAGAGACUAGGUAUUCCUACAGGGCCCGCUGGUCCGCAUGGCCCACCACCUGUGGGCCCGCCUGGCCCCCACCCUCACCCCCACCCAGGAUCAGUAGCUGCAGCCCAGUUGGAAGCAGCGGAACGACUUGCGCUUGCAACAGAUCCCAUGGUGCGACUGCAGAUGGCUGGCAUCUCACCUGAGUAUCAUGCACACACACAUGCACAUACACAUGCACACUCCCACACACACCUCCACUUGCAUCCCAGUCAGCAGGCCCAGCAGGCUCAGGCACAGCAAGAGGCCGCAGCUGCCGCAUCUGGGACCGCAGGUUUCCCUCUGCCAGCUUCAGCAGCCACCGGAUAUCCUCGGCCAAGCCUUCUUCCACCCAGGGAGGCUGCUUUAGGAUUGCCUCAUCCAUCAGACAUAUUGGGGCGUGGUGGACCAGGUUAUGCGGAUCAACUGGCUCAUCAGCUCUCAGCGCAGGCUGCAGCUCAUGAGCAGCUGCAGCGUCAGAUGUUGCUGGAGAGGGAGCGCUUUCCACACCCUCACCCCUCCCUUGUUGCUCAGCAUGAGGAAUACAUCAGGCAACAGCGGGAACGUGAGAUGAAGGUGCGAGCACUGGAGGAGGCUGCGAGGGGGUCGCGACCUUAAACUGAUGAUCUCCCAUCAGUUGGAUAUUGACUGCCAUCCUGGUGUCGCCAGGAAACUCGACCGUGUACACACUUCAAUGCAUAUACACUUUUAUAAUCUUAAAGAUUUUAUGUUCGAAAGUUGGAAGUAACAACUUGUCAAGUUGUAAAUCUAAACGUGAAAAUGGAACGUACUGAAUAUAAAUGAAGCAUUUAGUACAAUUUUUUAGUAGAGUUAAGUGAAA